CUGUUCCUCCAGGAGCCUUCCCAUGAUCACCACCGCGGCGCGCGAGGGCAAGAAGAAGAUCAGCCCGUACAUGCCUCAGGAAGGGGCUGCGGGCAUGGCGUAUCACGGGUUGUGCGUCUUCUUGGUCACCCUGACGGUGAACUAUCUCGUCAUCCCCUUCCAGUUGCUUGGUCUGACGGAGUCGCUGGACGUGUGGGGCACCUUCUCCUUCGGGAUCCACGCCCUCGUCGUUGGGCUUUACUUGGUCUGCCAAAUGAUCCCGACGAAAAAGGCCCAGUCGAAGAGCAAGACGGCCUGAUUUCGUCGCGGCCCCACGCCGGCACGCCGGUAGCAGUAGCAUCAUAGAGAGAGAGCAAGCUCGUUGUGCUGAGCAGGAAGGGAUGUCAGUGGCCAUCCAUCCCGAAGUUGGGUACAUGGGUCACCACGACCCAUCCAUCCCGCCACGGCACCGGGGAUACACUACAAUAGCAAAUCACCCCGGUAUAUCUACACCAGGCUGAGGUUCCUCCUGUGGGAGGGGGG